AUGCAUGCAUAAUUAGACCUCUUUGUCAUUUGAAAAGUGAUGCUGGUUUAUACAGUUUUUAUGUCAGACAUCAUUCACUUAAAUUAUAAAGGUGCAGGGGUGCUCCGCCAAUGAGGCGAGUUGAGGCUGUCGCCUCAAGCGGCAGCGCCCCACUAGGUACCAGGGGCAGCAAAAAUGCUGCUCCUGGUACUUUAAGAGUGAAUUUCCGGGGGAGGGGCGGAGGGGCCCGGAUCGCCCCUGUAUAGGUGCUUGGAUUCAAAGUUAUAUAUUUAUAUGACAAGUGUUGACCUUAGUAUAAAUGGUGCAAAAUAUUACAGAGAACAUCUGUCUACAAUAAGAAAGUUUGUAUAUAGGAUAUCGCAAGUAUGGGCAGUCUGCACCCUCCAGAAGAUGAUGAAGUUACUCAGAAUUCUUCUUCUGGACUUCUAGAUUUCUGUUGGUGAUUGUUGCCACUUAUAUGUAGACUAUUAGGUCAAUUUGGAAAAAUAAACCACAAAACAUGUGCAAAUGGAUAAAAAGACCAUUUUAAAUAUAGAUUAUAAUUAUGAUAAUUAUAACAAGACACUGGAGAGUCUGGGUGUCAACUUAUUCAUUUUGAUGUCCAUUUUACCCCCCUCCCAGGUGAGAAAGAAGACAAAGGAGCCAAAACUCCCAAAUCGGCUUGGGAAAUCCCAGUACAAAGCCUAGUUCUGUUUAAGGCUGGUGAGAAGUAAGUGCCAGUUGUUGGCACAACCUCUAUAAAGGUAACUCAUUGCUGAUAUAGCUGAUAAGCAUCUGGUUCAAGGUGAAGCUCUGGGUUUUUUUCCCAACAAUUGGACAACUAGGAUUGAAUUGACUUGGUUUUUCCCAGACUUUGCUUCAUCCCUUUCUCUGGGGCAUCAGGUCCAGCAAUUGCAGAUGGGCAUUUUGUUCUGAGUUUAAGUCAUUGUGCCCACCUGCAGUCAUUUCUGAAGAUAUCAGUGUUAUGCUUUAUGCCCUGGUACUAAGGCUUCUGGCUUUCUCUGUGCAGGAUGAUGUGGGGAGGAAGAACCCUGUUGCUGUGCUUGAUAUGCCUAGCCUUCCAACUCAGUGCUACGUGCCUGCCGGGCAGUCGUGCUUGUGAGCCUGCCAGCCUCUCUUCUGUGGAUGCAUGGAUCUGCUCCAUAAUCGGCUCCCUGCUUGUGGGGCUCAGCGGGGUCUUUCCACUGCUGGUCAUUCCCAUUGAAGCCGGGGAAGAACUUCGGUCAGAAAAGAACUCUCAAAGGCUAAAACAGCUCCUGAGCUUUGCAAUUGGUGGAUUACUGGGCGAUGUGUUCCUGCAUCUGUUACCGGAGGCCUGGGCUUAUACCUGCAGUGCAACAACAGGUACCUGGGACUUACAUUUAUAUCUUGAUCACAUUGGCUUCCAAAUGAACCCCUGGCAGCUCAGUGCAUGAGUACUGCACACCCAGCAUUCCGUUAUUAACACAGAAGGGUUGGUAGACAGUGAGUGAUAUCACAAGUGGUGCUGCAGUUGUAUUUGCUGUACACAACAGAUGUGAAUAUUAAAAUUGUAGAAAUAAAGAUUUUUUUAAUUUUUUUAUUUUUUUA